AUGCGUGAACCCAGGGAGGUGGAUUGGUCAAACCUUUUGGUGUUGGCACGAUACCUCCUGCACAAACCGGAUCUUGCCAGGGUCACGACCUUGAAUUCAGAGAGCAAAACAACUGGCGUCCUGACCCUUGAUGGUUUCACGGACUCAGAUUGGGGGGGGUGUGCUGACACUCGCCGGUCAUCAGAUUGCACCAUCAUCAAUGUGGGAGGCAGUGUAGUUAUCGCACAUCCACAAACACAGCCUGGAACACCUGCUACAUCAUCAGGUGAAGCAGAGACUAGAGCUCUGAGUCGAGGGGCGCGCGACAUCAUGUUCAUCAAACAGUUGGCUGAAGAGGAUUUCAACAUGAAGUUAGGCGUGCCAAGACUUUGGACCGAUGCCAGCACUGCAUUACAAACGGCCAAACGUCUUGGUGCAGGCAGCCGCAUGCGACACAUAGAAGUGGCAGCGCUAUAUGUCCAAGAGCUUGUGCAGCAACAGGCCCUCAAAGUUGGGAAAGUUGCUGGCAACGUGAACCCGGCAAACUGCCUAACAAAGCAUUUGGAUGCUACUUUGAAGGGACAGUGUUUGGUUGACUUAAGCAUGGUCGACAUGAGCACAUCAGAUUUGCGCAUGCUGUUGAACGACGCCAAGCAAAUUGAGCUCGUAGCAAGCCUGUGUAAUCAAGGAAGGAAGCUUAUGCCGUGGAAGCCAAACUUCGCAGUUGCUGUCAAUGCGUUGCAGAUUUGCGCAGCCCACAUGUGUCAUUCGCAACCAGCCAUUUUGGCAUAUGCUCAGGCUUAG